AAAAUUAUUUGAUACAGUUGGUAGCACUGAUUUGUAUAUCGCGCAUUAUUUGGGCACCCGGUCUUCAACGGUCGAAAGGUUUUUGUGAUUUAUCAAUAUUUUCACGAUGGUAGAUCAAAGAGAUGAUAUUAUUGAGCUUACCGAUGCCGAAGCUGAACUUUACGAUAGACAAAUUCGUUUAUGGGGAUUAGAAUCUCAGAAACGGUUGCGCUCUGCAAAUAUCUUACUAGCAGGGUUGAAUGGAUUCAUUGCUGAAGUUGCUAAGAAUAUUAUUUUAGCAGGAGUAAAGUCUGUCACUUUUUUGGAUCAUAGGGAUCUUCGAAUCGAGGAUACGUGUUCGCAGUUUCUUGCUCCAAAAACGCAACUUGGAAAAAAUAGAGCUGAGGCAUCUUUACAAAAAGCACAAAAUUUGAAUCCUAUGGUUGUAGUUAGCGCAGAUACUGAGAAGAUAGAUGAUAAGCCAGAUUCAUUCUUCAAAAAUUUUGAUGUUGUGUGCGUUUCCGAAUGUACCAUUACACAAAUACAACGGAUUAAUGCUGCUUGUCGUAAAUACAAUGUCAAAUUUUUUGUUGGUGACGUGUGGGGAAGUUUUGGAUAUACAUUUGCUGAUCUAGGAACACAUGAAUUUGUUGAGGAUGUGGUUCAGUCUAAAAAAAUGCAAGUAUCAGAAGGUGGUGAACCAGGUGGCAAAGGAAAGUUUGAAAAUAUAGUAACAACGGUAAAGAGAACAAUAAAGUUCACUCCAUUUGAUAAUAUCUUAAACGCCCAGAAACUUCCCAAAGAGUCUGAAACAUAUUACCUUCUAAGAAUAAUGCUCAACUACCGAGAAAAAUAUGGCACGGAUCCGUUACCAAGUGAAAGGGACAACGAGAAUUUGAAAAAUGAAGUGACCGCCAUCAUUGAAAAAUAUAAUCUAUGCGACAGCAUAAACAACUUGGUAACAGGUGACCUUUACGCUCAAAUCAGCCCGGUAUGCGCUAUCGUAGGGGGUGUAAUGGGACAGGAAAUAAUCAAGACAGUCUCUCAGAAGGAAGCACCCCAUAAUAAUCUUUUCCUUUUCAACCCCGAUACAAUGUGUGGAAAGAUUUUGAAUCUGGGUAAAAAGUGAUAAAAGUAGUAUUAAGCGUUAAAGUAGGUUAAAUCAUCAAAAGAAUAAUUAAUAUGAUAUCAUUAAAUACAACGUUUGUAAAUUCCCAAACAAAAUUUCAUAAACAAAAUAAAGAACAAGACUUUGUACGUA